UAAUGCGCUAAAUGACACUUCAUCGCAAAGAUGUUUUGUUUGUGAUACGACAAUAUCACAAUUAAACAAAAUUGACUAUUUACUGAAUAGGCCUAUUCAAGAGUCAGCUUUAAAAUAUGGCUUUUCAGUUCUUCAUGUCCAUAUACGGUUUAUGGAACUUGUACUUCAUAUUUCUUAUCGGAUAGAAAUUAAAAUGUGGAGAGUUUCAAAAAAAAGAAAAUAUUGUUUGUGAUCGAAAAAAGCAAAUUCAAGAGUCUUCACGAUACCCUUGGAAUAUUGGUUGAUGCACCGAUACAAGGGUCUGGAAAUACCAACGAUGGUAAUACAUCGCGAAGAUUUUUUAAUAACGUGGAUGUUGUCGCCAGAGUUACAGGUGAUAAAAUAGCUUAUUUAUCGAGAUGUGUUUCAAUUACUUGUAUACAUUUUACAUCAAAAUUAAAAAAGAUGAAUUUUUCUUUAAAAAUACUAGACGUUAAUUGCUAGUAAAAAAAUACUUUCUAACACGAUUUUAAUGAAGUUGAAAAUUUUAAUAUUGCAAAGCUUCCUCUAUGAGAAAUCUAUAUGCAUUAGUUUAUUGAAGUAAUACAUUAAAUUGAAGGAAGCUAAGUGCUUAAGGAUUGACCUGGUUUAUUAUUAUAAUAAUUAUACAAAACAAUAAUAAUUACAUAUAAACUAAUAAAAUAAAAUUAGGGUUUGGCGAAAAAUCGCUGAAAAGAUUCAAAAUUAUAUUAUCUAUUAUAUCUUCAGUCUAUAAAAUGAAGAUAAUAGCUUUCAAAGAAUUUUGUGAAUGUACCGCAAGAAUGUAUACCAAUCUUUACAAUUGGUACUAUAUGCCACCUUCAAUGCAUGUAAUACAUGGCCAUUAAAUAAUGGAUCAGUUACUUUUACCAAUAGGAAUGCUGUCCGAAGAAGCCCAGGAAAGUAACAACAAAAAUGUAAAAAGAUUUAGGGAUAGAUUCUCAAGAAAAAUUUCAAGAAUCGCGACUAAUACGGAUAUGUACCAGAGAUUAUUAUUAUAUUCUGAUCCAUAUUUAUCCUUACUAAAUCGACCGUACAAAGCAAAUAAAAAAAUGAGUAAAUUGACAGAUGAAAUGAAAAAACUCAUUAUUAUUGAAAAUAAUGACGAGGAAAAUACUGAUUCAGGCAGUGGAAAUGAAUCAACUCAAGAAGACUAGUCAACUUGAAAAACUGUUAUUAUAAAUGAUCUUAACGAAAUUCUUUUAUAAUAAUAAAACAACGUUUACAAACGCAA